AUGCAGACUAUUUCUACAAACAUUUGUGAAAUACUGUGCAAUAAGUCCAUCUGUGAAAUUUCCUUGCUACUAAAUAUUCCACGGUCAACUGUUAAUGGUAUUGUAACAAAGUGGAAGCAACUGGGAACAGCGCAGCUCAGCCACGAAGUGGCAGAUUAUGUAAAAUGACAGAGCGGGGUCAGCGCAUGCUGACGCACACAGUGCACAGAAGUCACCAACUAUCUGCAGAGUCAACAACUAAAGCCUCCAAACUUCAUGUAGAGAGCUUCAUCCAAGCCUUACAUCA